CCCUCUGACUGAAGAGUCAUUCAGAAAGAAGGCAACCCGGAGGAGGCACAAUGACGGGCAGCAUCGAGGGACUUGAGAGGUUUGACAGUCCCGGAAAAGGUCGAGGUCUCCGCGUUACCAGACCUUUUAAAGUUGGAGAGCUCCUGUUCUCCAGCCCGGCGUACUCUUAUGUGCUUUCAGUGAAAGAGAGGGACUGCUACUGCGAGUUCUGCUUCACCAGGAAAGAGGGAUUGGCAAGAUGUGGGAAGUGCAAGAAAGCUUUCUACUGCAAUGUGAAAUGCCAGAAAGGGGACUGGUCCAUGCACAAGCUGGAGUGCUCGGCAAUAAGUGCAUUCGGAGAGAACUGGUGCCCGUCAGAGAUAACCCGCCUGGUGGCCCGGAUCCUCGCCAAGAAGAAAAUGCAGAAAGAAAGAUGUAUGUCUGAGAAGCUCUUGCUAAUAGAAGAAAUACAAUCCCACGUGGAAGAUGUAGAUAAUGAGAAAAGAGAGAUGAACGAGGGAGACAUUGCCGGACUGCAUCGUUUUUACUCCAAACACUUGGAGUUUCCUGACCACAAAGACCUGCUCGCACUGUUCUCCCAGGUUGCCUGUAAUGGUUUCACUAUAGAGGAUGAUGAAUUAUCCCACAUAGGUACUGCAGUGUACCCAGAUGUGGCACUGAUAAACCACAGCUGUCUUCCCAGCGUCAUAGUCACGUAUAACGGGAUGUCAGCCGAGGUUCGGGCUGUGCAGAACAUGAAGCCGGGAGAUGAAGUGCUCAUCAGCUACAUAGACCUCCUUUAUCCAACAGAUGACCGUAACAACAGGCUGAGAGAGUCCUAUUACUUCACCUGUGACUGCAAGGAAUGUAAAAGCAAGUCCAAAGACAAGGCAAAGUUGAAAGUACGUAAGCAGAGUGACCCCUUUGAGCCAGAGGUCAUCAGCAAUAUGGUGCGCUACGCCCGGAAAACCAUCAGAGAGUUCAGAGCCUUCAAACACACAAAAACCCCUAGUGAGUUACUGGAGAUGUGUGAGCAGAGCCUGGAGGAGAUGGGAGCCAUCUUUCAUGACUCUAAUGUCUACAUGCUUCACAUGAUGUACCAGGCCAUGGGAGUUUGUCUUUACAUGCAAGAUAUAGACGGAGCGAUCAGAUACGGCGAGAAGAUCCUCAAACCCUACAACCAGCUGUAUCCUCCCUACUCCUUGAAUGUGUCCUCCAUGUACCUGAAGUUGGGCAGAUUGUACAUGGGGAUGGAGAGGUACUCCAUGGGCAUUAGCGCUCUCAAGAAGGCAAUGGCCAUAAUGGAGGUGGUUCACGGGAAAGAUCACUACUACUUGACAGAGUUGCGCAAAGAGAUGACACAAAAAUGAGAAGAGAAAGGAAGGAAAUGACGGAACGUGGCUGAUCCCUAUGGACUGCAUACACUCCUUUGAUUAGGAGCUCUACAGAACUGUAGGCACUUUCUACCCUUUUUGGUAUUAGAGACAAUUUAUGUUUUUAUGGAAAGGAUUUUGAGAGGUUGAAUUUUUAACUUUAGUUGUGUGAAGAAUACUUUUGUACCUCCUUGUUAAAAGUUCUUAUGCCAAGGUGAAUAGCUGACUGUGAAAUGUGCUUUUUACUCUCAUGUUGACCGUAAGGCAUCUGAGAAGUUGUUUUCCGAACUGUUAAUGAUUUCGUAUUUGUUUUGGCUUGUUGACUGACACGUCAGCUGGACCCGGUCAUCCAUCAGUCGAGAUGUUUACGUUUAUGUGCAGAGGGUCAGUGCAACAAAAUCCCUGUCAGCCAGUCAGGACAGCUGCCUCACCACAAGGGGCCUAUUAAAGCUGCAGAAUGUGCCCAAGCCACAAUGGAGGGCUGGGAUAGAGGACUGUGUUUGCAUUAACACCUUCUGUGACUGCUCUGUUAUAAUUACUGUCUCCAGCGCUGUGUGAGAAACCCUCUCCAACACACACAGUAUUAGUGGCUAAAAGAAAAUGAUUCCAAAAUUCCAAAAUAAAUGAAUUUGUGGCCACACUCUUAAAGAAAAUAAGGCUUUAUUGCAUAAUAAGCAAGUACGACAGCUUCAUACAUGUCUGGGGAGAGAAAAACAAAAGACUUGAUGCACUGAAAACGCAUAUACAAAACAUAUGUACACAUACUUUGAAACGUAUUUGGGAGUUUUGCCAAAAAAAAAAAGGAAAAUUAAAGGGAAAAAUUAAAUAUUAACAAACAGUGGAAUGCCGUGUGAGAAAAUACUGUCACAAAAAGAACUGAAGUGCAACAAAACACUUACAUGUCAAGAAAGCAUAAAGCUUAUACUUAUCUGAGAAUAUAUACAUUGAAAUAUAAAAAUGCAUGCAUAGUUUAUUAUGUUGCGGUAUUUUUAGGGUACCAAGUCCAAAAAAAAAAAAAACUAUAUAAAACAUUUGUAGAAAUCUUUUUUCUCACAAGCCCAUUAUGUACAAAGUUAUUUUGGACACAGCGGGCUUUGCAUUACAAUUCAGAGGAAAAAAAAAAAAGUAUAUUUAAUGUAACAUGUAAAAGAAAAUUCUUCAGAAGGUGAUUUUAUACACAGGAUUCAGAUUCUUGGCAACACAGUAAUCUACUGGGUUUGGAUCAGAUUAGUAGAAACAGCUGCCUUUUUCUUUUUUGGCAAAGACAGUCACUAAACUGUUGUCCUUCAACAAUAAACCAAGACAUCAGCAUUCUCCUACUGCCAAAUCUUUACCUGAGAGUUAGGUAAAUGAUUUGAAAUGUUAAAGUUGUGCUCACAUCAAAACAUAAACUGUAAAAUACUGAUUUAAAGAUUUAAUCUUUGGAGGUAAAAAAAAAAAAGGAAUUUAGUUUAUCAAACCCGAUCCAGAACAAGGAUCAGCCAGGCAGCUUCUCGUUUCAUGUUUCAAUAAGGCAUCAUGAUACAGUGCAUGCUGUAUCUUAGGGCACAGUUCUCUAUUAACUGCAUAUACGAACAGUGAAAUUAUAUGUGUACAUUACCUCCAAUUCAUCGGACAGCAUUUUGAAAUGCAUUUAGGUAAAAAAAAAAAAAAAUGUAACAAGACGCAUUUGAUCGUAAGGCGCUGCGAUUCGUGGAAACUAAUGAUUGUUGAAAUGUACUUUGUGUGUGCUUGUAUGUGUUUUACAUGUGAAAGUGGGAUCUUAAUUGAAAUGUUUAAAAGGAGGAACGUUCAGAAGGAACUCUUGUGGCAUUCACAAGGAAGGCUUUCUGGAAAAUAUUAUCAAAAUUAAGACAAGUUCAAAAAGAUCAACAUGCUUGUCAAUGCUCUGUUCUAUGGCAAAUGUGACCACAAUCUUGAAAGAAAUAAAUUAAAACAUUUGUUACAAGUUGAAGUAAA